AUGAAUCGUUUUGGUGAUAUCGAUGUUUCAGUUAAACAACUUUCACCAGUCUAUGGUUAUCGUAGUGAAAAAGAGGUUAUCCUUGAAAAAGCACUAGAACCUAUUGGACCUCAAAUAGAAGAACUACCUCAUUACAUAAUGAUAGCUAAACGGCACUGUCAUUUUCCGUCAGAACAUGGACUAACACAAGAUCAAUCAGCAGCUGUUUAUAUUUACACGAUGGAAUGGGGUGAGACUAGUUUGUAUCGUGUAUUGAAUAAAGCGUUACGAUCCGAAAAUCGACUGGCAUUAAAGAUAUGGUUUCCAUAUUUAAAACUGUUUGACACAGCAUUGGACAAGUUACCUAAUGUUAAAGAGUCUCUAUGGAGAGGUGUACCUCUUGAUAUUGGCAAGAAUUUCACCGAAGGUCAAAUCGUGACAUGGUGGAGUAUUAAUUCAUGUUCAUCGUCAGUCAAUAUCAUUAAAAGUUUUCUUAGCGACGACAAAGAAUCAACCCUUUUUCUUAUUGAAGCUGUUAACGGAAAAAAUAUUUCUGGUUAUACUCAAUAUGAAAAUGAAAAUGAAAUAAUUUUACGAAUUGGCUCCCAAUUUCGUGUGAAGAGUGAUGCUUUAAAGCAAUCGAAUAUCUCACAUCUCGUACACUUAAUUCAAAUUAAUGAAAAUGUGCCGAGUAAGUGUUUCCAUUUUUUCUCAACUGAAUUAUUUUUUUCAUGAUAUACAUUGCCAGUCAAAAUUAUUCGUUCAUCAAACAAAUAAAAGUUUUCUUAUUUCGUAUUUCAGAGAUAAAAAUGACUUGAGACGUGCACCUGACUAUGUCUAGUAUGCUUAUGCUUAAUGUUAGAUUAAAAUUUCCUUGUGUUAAUUUUCUCUUGAAACAAAAAAAACAUAUUGUAUAUUGCAUGGGUCAAAAUUAUCUGAUCACUUUUGUUUUGCGAUUUCAAAGCGCGUAUCUAAACAACAUUUUCUUCAUGAUAUAUCAUUCGAAAGAAUAAAUUAUUCUUUACACGAUGAGCUAAUUUCUGUUAGGCUGAUAUGCAGAAGAAGCGAAAACCUAGUGCAUCGGGAGCCAUUUCAGGUCGGUAUGACUUAGAAGCUAUAGGCCGA